ACAGAGGGGCUUUUUUUACCCUCUCGCAGAGCAGCAUCUCUUAGCAUCACUGCAAAUCCUGACAAAGGAACGGAGAGGGAAAAAAACCCAUCAAGAUAUUUUUGAAUCUUCAUCUGUGCUAUUUUUAUAAUUGCUUUGUUAUAUAACUGAGAAUGAGCAUCUAUGUCAUAGUUUUACCCUGGGCAUUGCAGUAGACUAGGCUUAUUCUCUCACACACACACUCACUCUCACUCUCACACACAUGAAGGGGAUCCUCGCACGCUUGCACUCACUUGCUCACACCCUGCUUGCAUUGCUCAGCGAUGCCAGAUCUUUGUAGUGGGGAUGCAAUCCUGGAGAGAUUAUUUUUGCAAGCCCUGUAGUGCUUCUGUCACCUCUCCUCAGGAGGACAUGGAAUACAGGAUGGGAAGCUGCAUCGGAGUCGCACGCAGCCAGGCUGCAGUCCACACUGACAAGGUGAGCCCGCCGAAGGAGAAAUCUGCCACCACUGAGAACGGAUCUGUCCACCCUGAGUCCGUCACAGCAGAGACACAGGUGACUGCUGACGAGGAAGUGAAGCCUGGAAGACAGGAAGAGGAGGAUAAAGAGGAGCUGGAGUUUCCUCAUGAUCUGCUGCCCAGCUUAGACCUCGACCUCAGCACUGAGCUCAAUCUCACCUGGGGAACCACACUUGGUCAUGAGCAGGUGAGCUUGGGUGAGAUGAAGAAUGAGACUGUGGCACUGGGUGGCACUGCCAACCCUCUGCUGGCAGGCCUAGAGCAUUACAUGGAGGCCAGUACACCAGUAGUGGGCCUCAUGAAGAGCUGCGAUGGUGACCAAGUUUCUGCUGAAUCUGCAUCACUGACCCAGGUUCACUUGCCUAGUGCACCUCAGCAAGAUGAUCCGUCUCUCAAUCCUUUAGCAGUCAGAGUGGAUUAUGAACUCCAGGAAGCCUUAAAGGAAUGUGAAGAUGAAAUGGCAGCUCUUGGCAUAUCCUCCAUUACAGACACAUGGACUGCAGGUGAUCUGGACAAGUGUUUUCCCUUAGUCCUGCCCGGAAAGCAUGAGAAAACUGAACAAACUAAAAUGUCUGAAGUAAAAGAGGAUUCAUUUGAUUCAUCUUCACAUAAACAUGCUGAAUUUCAUGGAGGUUGCCAUGGAAAUGAUGGAGCACACACAAAAGACUCAACAGCAGGUGAAGAGGGGUUUUUUAGCUUCAGAGAUUAUGUUUUAGGAAAGGAUCUAGCUAAUAUGUGUACAGAUGAAUCUAAGGAUGUCAGAAACAUCAAGAAUAUAACAGAAAACCCAAGAGAGGAAUCUAGCCAGCUGUCAGAGGCAGAACAGCAAGCAAAAUCAGAUAUUGAGCCAAAAAUAGGCACAGCUGAGAGCAUAGCUGGUCAACAAACAACACAUAGCACAUGGACAGGUACACAAACAGCAUCAGAGAAGGAUGCAACAAAGGAAGCACUUACCCCAGAUCAAUCAAUACAAGAUGCCUGCAAUUCGAAAUACCCUCUGGAUGAUGUUGUAGCACACAGUGAAAAAGUGGCUAUUAAAGAUACAAAUCUUGUGAACAAAUAUGUCAUCAAUUCUGCAACAGCUACACAGAUAAUUCAAAAUGCAGAGAUGCCUAGUCAGUUGAUUAGUGAUUUACUGCCAUGUCCACCCACGCAUAUGGAUAUACAUGCUGGUGACACAUGGGAUUCAGAAGCUAAAAUAAGUGUACAAGCAAACAUACAGAAACAGGUGGAGUCAGGGACACGGCAACAGAUAAGCGAAGAGAUAGAAACAAAGACAAAUGUAGGAUCAAGCCUUGAGAGUCAAAAACAGGAAUUACAACUCCCAGAACAGCUGUGUUGUGAGGAUAAACAAUUGAUGUGCUCCCCACCUUCAGUACUCGAGGUUCACCAAGCUCAUCUUACUCUGGCUGAUACUCCUUCGGCCAAAAUAUUACACCCUCUGCAGGGGCUUCAGCAACAUGAUGACCAGGAUCAGACAGAUGGACCCUACAAAUCAAUAUCAGAAGGUGAAACCAUACACCACUGUACAACCGGGGAAGUCAAACAUGAGAAAAAUGUGUCUGAUGCAUCUGCUGUUUUGAUUGAUUUCUGCAAAGCUAAAACAGACUCUGAAUAUGAGCCCAAAGGGAGAUGUGACUUAGAGAAACAGCCACCGGAACAGGAGAAUGGACCUCUUUUAGGCAGUGGAGCUGGCACACACACACCAGUGUGGGGGAAUUCACACUCUCCGAGCCGAGCUCGUACAGAAGAGGAGGAGGAGGAAGAGAGUGCCCUUGAACGGGCUUCAGCAGAGUCCGCUGCCUCCACAUUGCUACAAACAACACCCACAAUGCCAGAAAUGAUAGAAAGUGAGGGAGAGAAGAAGAGAGAUGAUGCAUUUCAAAGUGCCGCAAUAAUAGUACAAGCAGCAGAGAGAGAAUCGGCAGUGCUGGACACGGAUGAGUCUCCAAGCUCAGAGGGAACGCUGAGUGAAAUUACUGCUGAAGAGGGACAAGAAUGCACCUUAUUAAUUUUUCCGAAGAUUAAAUGCUCACCUGUUCAGAUAGAGGAGACGACUGAGGAGAGCUGUGGCAAUAAAAUAGCACCAAAGAAGUCGACGGAGAAUGAGAAAAAGGGAGGGGGUCUGCCGACUGCACUCUUCCUAGCCGGAGACAAGGAUACAGCCACGGUUAACACAGAAGAUAAGCAGUGGUCACCUGUUCCUCUCCAGGCGUCCUUGGAACAUGUGACUGGAAGGUGGAGAGUUCCCUAUUAAAAGAGAAA